UGCACAAAAAGGUUGUGGUUCUUAGUCUUUGCUAAAGUACAACUAGCUAGAAAUAUUGGAUAACGGUUCCUUGUGGAAUCACAUCCAUAACUAGAGUUUCUGAGAAUAAAUUUUCAAGUCCCAGCCUAUGGACUCUGCUUCAUUCGCUCAUCCUUUGAUUUCCCACGUCAUCACUAGCUCAAGCUUGCAUCGUUCCUACGGUAUUCAUCACAGUGCAAGACUAGGCCUAUGGAAGAACAAAGUCUGGAACUCAGCUUGUUGUGCUGCUGGAGUAGAAGACUUGUUUGACGAUAGUAAUUUGAAGAGAAAUGAGAAUGGUUCCCUCUUAGGUGCCUUAAAUAAUAACGAGUCUUCUUCAGCUUCAUUUGAAACGUUAGACGCUGAACUAACACCAGAAACCACUGAUUUCUUUGUCAGUGAUGCCGAAGGUGAUCCAGAUUGUCCCUCUAAAGGCUACUCUUCCAUUGAACGAGCGCUUAAUGCAUUACGCCAAGGCAAGUUUGUGAUUGUGGUAGAUGAUGAAAACGGCGAUAUUGAAGGAAAUCUUAUCAUGGCUGCAUCUCUUACUAGUCCCAAGGAUAUUGCCUUCAUGAUUAAGCACGGAUCAGGGAUCGUUUCUGUUGGCAUGAAAGAGGAGGAUCUUCAAAGACUGAACCUCCCUUUAAUGUCACCAGAGACUGAAGAUGAGGACUCUUCUGCUCCCACCUUCACUAUCACAGUGGAUGUGAAAUCUGGAACUUCUACGGGUGUAUCAGCUGCUGAUAGAGCGAAAACUGUUCUUGCUCUGUCAUCUCCUGAGUCCAAAUCAGAGGAUUUCAGAAAACCGGGUCAUGUGUUUCCUCUUAAGUACAGAAAUGGUGGGGUUCUUAGAAGAGCAGGUCACACUGAGGCCUCACUGGACUUAGUUGCACUGGCUGGCUUGCCCCCAAUUUCUGUUCUUUCGGCUCUUGUUGAUGAAAAUGAUGGCUCUAUGCAAUCUUUGCUCAAUUUAAGAAAGUUAGCAUCGGAAUACACCUUACCAAUUGUCUCAAUAACUGAUUUGAUAAGGUAUCGGAGAAAGAGAGAAAAAUUGGUUGAAAGAACCUCAGUUUCUCGCCUGCCUACUAAAUGGGGCCUAUUUCAAGCAUAUUGCUACAGCUCAAAGUUGGAUGGAACUGAACAUGUGGCUGUUGUAAAGGGAGACAUGGGAGAUGGACAAGAUGUGCUAGUACGAGUACAUUCAGAAUGUUUAACUGGGGAUAUAUUUGGAUCAGCUCGGUGUGACUGUGGCAACCAGUUAGAUUUGGCAAUGCGGUUAAUAGAAGAAGCAGGUAGGGGAGUAGUUGUGUAUCUUCGAGGUCAUGAGGGAAGAGGCAUUGGCCUUGGUCACAAACUUAAAGCGUAUAAUUUGCAGGAUCAAGGUCAUGACACGGUCCAAGCAAACAUAGAACUCGGCUUAGCUGUUGAUGCUCGUGAAUAUGGGAUUGGUGCACAGAUUUUGAGGGAUAUAGGAGUUCGAACAAUGCGGCUUAUGACAAACAACCCAGCAAAGUUUGUUGGUCUUAAAGGAUAUGGUUUGGCAGUGGUAGGGCGAGUUCCUGUGUUGACACCAAUCACAGAGGAAAACAAGAGAUACCUGGAAACAAAAAGGACCAAAAUGGGUCAUAUUUAUGGCUCUGAUUUACAAGGAUCAUUACCUGGAUUCAACGGUUCUACUGUAAAUAACGGAGACUCACUGGAGAACACAUAGUCUACACAAAAACUUACAGCAAAAAAGAAGAAAAAAGAAUCUCAUAUAGUGUAAAAAAUUAUUUAAAGGAUGAAAUUCAUUUGUGAAAAUUGUAUUCAGUUUCCUGUACGUACAGUUGCUGCUCGAAAGUUUUAAAUUGCCUGAUAUUUCAUUGCUUUA